GUGAGCGCGUGGCUGCAGCGGCUGCCGGCUUUUCCCCUCCACUUUCGGGAAGGCAGUUGAGUUUUCUCUUUCGGCGGUUCCAGGAGCGAGGAAGUAGGGCGGGAGCGCCGCUCGCCGCUGUCGCCAUGGUGAAGGAGCAGUUCCGCGAGACCGACGUGGCCAAGAAGAUAAGCCACAUCUGCUUUGGGAUGAAAUCGCCAGAAGAGAUGCGGCAACAGGCUCACAUUCAAGUUGUUAGUAAAAAUCUGUACAGUCAAGAUAACAAUCACUCUCCUCUACUUCAUGGCGUACUUGAUCAUCGAAUGGGUACAAGUGAAAAGGAUCGCCCCUGUGAAACUUGUGGAAAGAAUCUGGCAGAGUGUUUGGGGCAUUAUGGCUACAUUGACCUAGAGCUUCCUUGUUUCCAUGUCGGAUACUUCAAAGCCGUCAUAGGUAUUUUACAGAUGAUUUGCAAGACUUGCUGCCAUAUCAUGCUGACUGUUGAAGAGCAGAAACAGUUUUUGGAUUACUUGAAGAGACCUGGCUUAACUUAUCUUCAGAAACGAGGCUUGAAGAAAAAGGUGUCUGAAAAGUGCAGGAAGAAGAACACUUGCCCGCACUGUGGGGCUUUUAAUGGUACUGUCAAGAAGUGUGGCUUGCUAAAGAUAAUCCAUGAGAAAUAUAAGACAACUAAGAAGAUAAUGGACCCCAUUGUGUCUAACUUCAUACAGUCUUUUGACACUGCUAUUGAACAUAACAAAGAAAUUGAAUCCUUGUUGGGGAAAGCCCAGGAGAACUUGAAUCCCUUAGUCGUUUUGAAUCUCCUAAAGAGAAUUCCUGCAGAAGAUAUUCCUCUGCUUUUAAUGAACCCUGAAUCAGGCAAGCCUUCUGACUUGAUCCUGACGCGGCUCUUAGUUCCCCCGCUCUGCAUUCGGCCCUCUGUGGUGAGCGACUUAAAGUCCGGAACCAAUGAGGAUGACUUAACCAUGAAGCUGACAGAAAUAAUCUUCCUCAAUGAUGUGAUCAAAAAGCAUAGAAUAUCCGGAGCCAAAACUCAGAUGAUAAUGGAGGAUUGGGACUUCCUGCAGUUGCAGUGUGCUCUAUAUAUUAACAGUGAACUUUCUGGCAUUCCUCUCAACAUGGCACCCAAAAAGUGGACAAGAGGGUUUGUUCAAAGGCUGAAAGGAAAGCAGGGUCGGUUCAGAGGGAACUUGUCUGGAAAGCGAGUAGACUUCUCAGGCAGAACAGUGAUCUCUCCUGACCCAAACUUACGAAUUGAUGAAGUAGCUGUACCAGUCCAUGUUGCAAAAAUAUUAACAUUUCCUGAGAAGGUGAACAAAGCCAACAUAGAUUUAAUGAGGAAACUUGUUCGAAAUGGCCCUGAGGCUCAUCCUGGUGCAAACUUCAUUCAACAGAGACACACACAAAUGAAAAGGUUUUUGAAAUAUGGAAACCGUGAAAAGAUGGCUCAGGAGCUGAAGUAUGGUGACAUUGUCGAGAGGCACCUUAUAGAUGGGGAUAUAGUUCUGUUCAAUCGACAACCAUCUUUGCACAAACUCAGUAUCAUGGCUCAUAUAGCUAGAGUAAAACCACACCGGACUUUCCGAUUUAAUGAAUGUGUUUGUACACCAUACAAUGCUGACUUUGAUGGCGAUGAAAUGAACCUUCACCUUCCCCAAACUGAAGAAGCCAAAGCAGAAGCCCUUGUCCUUAUGGGGACCAAAGCAAAUUUGGUCACUCCAAGAAAUGGAGAGCCUCUUAUUGCUGCAAUCCAGGAUUUCCUUACAGGAGCCUACCUUCUUACACUGAAGGAUACUUUUUUUGACCGAGCCAAAACUUGUCAGAUUAUUGCUUCUAUCCUGGUUGGCAAGGAUGAAAAAAUUAAAGUUCACCUCCCACCUCCGGCAAUUCUCAAGCCUGUGACCCUGUGGACAGGAAAGCAGGUAUUUGGUGUCAUUCUGAAGCCUAGCAAGAGUUGUCCGGUCAAGGCCAAUCUCCGGACUAAAGGCAAGCAGUAUUGUGGCAAAGGAGAAGAUUUGUGUACCAAUGAUUCCUAUGUUACCAUCCAUAAUAGUGAGCUAAUGUCUGGCAGCAUGGAUAAAGGAACUUUAGGAUCUGGAUCCAAGAAUAAUAUCUUCUACAUUUUGCUGAGAGACUGGGGACAAGUGGAAGCAGCUGAUGCCAUGUCACGAUUGGCUAGACUUGCUCCUGUCUACCUCUCUAAUCGAGGUUUUUCAAUUGGAAUUGGUGAUGUCACCCCAGGACAAGGGCUAUUGAAGGCAAAAUAUGAACUUCUGAAUGCUGGUUAUAAGAAGUGUGAUGAGUACAUUGAAGCUUUGAAAACUGGAAAAUUGCAACAGCAGCCCGGCUGUACAGCAGAAGAGACUCUAGAGGCAUUGAUUCUGAAAGAGCUGUCUGUGAUAAGAGACCAUGCUGGCAGCGCCUGUCUGAGAGAAUUGGAUAAGAGUAAUAGCCCUCUCAUCAUGGCUCUUUGUGGUUCAAAAGGCUCCUUCAUUAACAUAUCACAGAUGAUUGCUUGUGUUGGACAACAAGCUAUCAGUGGGUCCCGUGUGCCUGAUGGCUUUGAGAACCGAUCUUUGCCUCAUUUUCAGAAACAUUCCAAGCUUCCAGCCGCUAAAGGGUUUGUUGCCAACAGCUUCUAUUCUGGCUUGACACCCACUGAGUUUUUCUUCCACACAAUGGCUGGUCGUGAAGGCUUGGUUGAUACAGCUGUAAAAACAGCGGAAACUGGAUACAUGCAGAGACGACUGGUGAAGUCACUUGAAGACCUUUGCUCACAAUAUGACUUGACUGUCAGGAGCUCUACUGGGGACAUUAUACAAUUCAUUUAUGGUGGGGAUGGUUUAGAUCCUGCAGCCAUGGAAGGAAAAGAUGAACCUCUGGAAUUCAAACGUGUCCUGGACAACAUCAGAGCGGUGUAUCCAAGCCGAAGUGAGCCUGCACUUAGCAAAAAUGAAUUGAUGUUAACAGCUGAGUCCAUCAUGAAGAAGAAUGAAUUCCUUUGCUGCCAGGACAGCUUCUUACAGGAAAUUAAAAAAUUCAUCAAAAAUAUGUCUGAAAAGAUCAAGAAAACCAGGGAUAAAUAUGGCAUUAAUGACAACGGCACAACAGAGCCCUAUGUCUUAUACCAGUUGGACCGGAUUACUCCCACUCAGCUGGAGAAGUUUCUGGAAACCUGUAGAGAGAAAUAUAUGAGGGCACAGAUGGAGCCUGGCUCAGCAGUGGGUGCUCUGUGUGCCCAGAGUAUUGGUGAGCCUGGUACACAAAUGACACUGAAAACAUUCCAUUUUGCUGGUGUUGCUUCAAUGAACAUUACUCUGGGGGUACCAAGGAUCAAAGAAAUCAUCAAUGCUUCCAAAGCAAUCAGUACACCAAUUAUCACAGCACACCUUGACAUAGAUCACGAUCCAGAUUUUGCCCGGUUGGUUAAAGGAAGGAUAGAGAAGACAUUACUAGGAGAGAUUUCAGAAUAUAUUGAAGAAGUUUUUCUUCCUGAUGACUGCUUCAUUCUGGUCAAGCUUUCUUUAGAACGAAUUAGAUUGCUGAGGCUGGAAGUUAAUGCGGAGACUGUGCGGUAUUCUAUUUGCGUCUCAAAGCUGAGGGUGAAGCCUGGGGACGUGGCUGUCCAUGGCGAAGCAGUUGUGUGUGUGACUCCUCGAGAAAACAGCAAGAGCUCCAUGUACUAUGUCUUGCAGUCCCUGAAGGAAGAGCUACCAAAGGUGGUUGUACAAGGUAUCCCAGAAGUGGCGCGUGCAGUCAUUCAUAUUGAUGAGCAGAGUGGGAAGGAGAAGUAUAAAUUGCUGGUAGAAGGGGACAAUCUGCGAGCUGUCAUGGCCACCCAUGGAGUCAAAGGAACAAGUACUACUUCUAACAACACUUAUGAGGUUGAGAAAACUCUGGGUAUUGAGGCCUCUCGAACCACCAUUAUCAAUGAGAUCCAGUACACUAUGGUAAACCAUGGUAUGAGCAUUGACCGGAGACAUGUGAUGUUGCUGUCUGAUUUAAUGACAUACAAGGGAGAAGUUUUGGGGAUUACUCGGUUUGGCCUGGCCAAAAUGAAGGAGAGCGUCUUAAUGCUUGCUUCUUUUGAAAAGACAGCAGACCACCUCUUUGACGCUGCAUACUUUGGGCAAAAGGAUUCAGUGUGUGGUGUUUCCGAGUGCAUCAUUAUGGGUAUUCCCAUGAACAUUGGAACUGGACUUUUCAAGCUGCUGCAUAAAGCUCACAAGGACACAAAUCCCCCAAGAAGGCCUUUAAUUUUUGAUAACCCUGAGUUCCAUAUUCCUCUUAACACGUAGCAGCAGGACAGCACUGAACAAUAAGAAGAUGAUGUAUUUUAAACUGGAGUGUAUAUAGGAAGCUGAAUAAAUGAGUGGG